AUGCGCAAAACAAUACCGGGCAAGGGUAAAACACUUGCCAUCGGACAAGUCACCGCAGACAGCACUGACUCGCGUCUCCUGUUUAAAGUUCUCCGCGGUAAUGAACGAGCCUUUGACCACUUCCGACGACCGACCCCCAGCGUGCGCCCUUCUAGCCCCUACUUGGUCUCCCUGGGAACUCUCAAGUCCAAACAGCAUCGCAGACCAAAGCAAUGA